AUGGACUACGAUUUCAGGAGCAGGUCCGGCCUACAAGUUCCGACACACCAUCCGUCACCGCCACCGUCGCCGAUGUACCGUCCGACACCCUAUCAGCAGAAUCCUACUUCUUCCUCAGGAACAGGAUUUGGCGUUAGGGUUGUUAUAAAGCCAGAGUAUAGGAUCACACCACCGCCUCAUUUAUCAUCACAUGCGGGAGAUAAUCCACGGAGCAACUUCCAAUUUGAUUUUGGAUUAGAGAAAAAAUUUUUGGCUGAAGCGGAUAAGGAUAACCCAAAUUGGAGCAAAUUUGGAGCAGAAAAUCUCCCGCCUAAAGUUUCUGAUUCCUCUACAACGAAGGUUACUGCGUUGGAUUCCAUUGUGGGCAAAUUUAUAGCUAUGGGGCUCAGCCAGGAGGCUGUUCCAAUUGCUGUUCAAAACUAUGGUGAUAAUCCAACCAAAGUUCAGGAAUUUGUGAAUGGAUACACACUUCUACGUGAAAUGGGAUUUUCAUCAAAUAGCGUUGCUGAAGCUCUGGUUUUGAAUGACAACCGUACGGACAGGGCACUAGCACAUUUCCUUAGCGGUUCAUCGUGA